ACCUAUGAUAUCAAAGUUACCCUUUAUCUAGCUUACCCACGUUAUCUUCCCCAACGCUCUGCUCUUCCCCUUCAACCUCCUCUCGCUGGCGGAUGUCGACCCUCAAGCUGUCGACCUCGGACGAGAACGUGGUGACCUUGAGGAAGAUCGACCUGUCUUCGGAGGGAACUUAUCGCUGCGAGGUCAUGAGCGAGGCGCCCACCUUCGAGACGUCCUUCGGGUCAGCCAACCUCACCGUCGUGCACAUGCCACAGAAUCCCCAAAUAACGGGGCUACAGAUUAAGUAUACUGAAGGGGAUACGCUGCGAAUCAACUGCACAGUGAGAGACUCUCGCCCUCCUGCCGUCAUCUCCUUUCGCGUCAACGGGAGAGAAAUGCACCCGGAUUCAGGUCGAGUGAUAGAACUACCCACGAGCGGGGGCGGCGACGACCCUUACGCCCUCUACACCACGAGCAGUCAGCUGAUCUUGCCCUUGGGGAAGAACCACCUCAACGGCAUCACGGUCGAGUGCGAGGGGAAGGUCCUCAACCUCGCUGUCAAGAAAUCCGUCUUUGCUGCUGUGGUUCGACAGAGUUCGACCUUCUCCUUUUUUAACGCUGGCGCCCCACGUGUUAACCCACCAACUAUGAUUCUGGUCGUUGUGUCCGCUGCCCUCACACACCUGCUGAACACCUGAUGAAGUUGCUGGUCACCUCUGAUUACCGGCGGCCUGUUGGAAUGAAGGGGAAGGGAAAGGACAAAUAAAGAAGGAGGUGAAGGCAUAAACAACAACAACAUCAACAACAAAAACAAAAACGAGGUGGAGAAGAAUGAAGAAAAGGGGAGGGGAGAAGCGAAGGAAAGAAAGAGAGGGGAUAGAAUAGAGGGAGAGGGUGAACCCCCCACGCACGCACAUCCACUUUCUCCCUUUAUUCUUGGCCUUAACUCUAUCGUAAUCACCCUUUUAUAUCCCGCCAUAAGGGUGAUUUUAAGUGUGAGUUCGUGUACGGUCGUUGGGAUAGUGUGAGGGCGCGGUAUGGUGCAAGAACGAUGGAUUCCGUGAGGGCGUUGAGGUAGUGUGAUAGUAAAUGUUACGGGGUUAAUUACUCACAAUUGUCACCGAUUGAAGGAGGAAAAGAAAUGCAUCUCUAUACGUGUUAUUAAACUACUGCAGCUUCAUUUCAUUCAUGCGACGGAAAACUGCAUAAAUGAAAUGAUGCUCUUCAUUCAUAGAAAAUGCAGCUGAGUGAGUACAGUGAAGGUAAAGAAGAAAAAGACGGAGUUCUGACACGUAACUGUUAUAAAUGAUUAGAAGUGACGAGAAAAUAUGGCUGAACAAAUAAUAGCUUAAGAAAGGAAAGUAAUUGCCUUUACUUAAGAAACUGGACAGUAUAUAAUACAGACACAAACUCCCAAAAAGUAAAAAUGCAAAGAGAAAGACAAACUCCAUGCCACGCUUUACGGUAAGGGUCAGAAAGUUUCGAAAGAAGAAUAUGUUUCCAAAGAGCACGGAAAUUCAGUGUGUGUAAAUGAGAAAUAAAAGUCUUAAAAAGAAGUUUCGAAAAUCUGAAAUAAGGACGACAAGCUAUCCCUUACCCGUCGUUGCAAAAGGCGCUGUGAACUUCUGCGAACUUCUUGAUCAGUGAGGACAGCAACGCAUACAUACAAGACAGACGAAAGGUGAUGACAUCUCCACACACACAUAUGACCAGGGGGUAAACGUAGCCCUAGAUAUGAACGUCCUAAAGAGAUCUGUACGUUUCUCGCGCGUGCAGAUCCGUGAACAGUGUCACCCUGUGCUGAGGUUUCCCAUAGCUUUCUAGGCUGUCCAGUGCUUAUCCUACACUGUAAUGCACUAUCUUCUUAGGAUCUCCCUCUUCGUGCACUUUCCUUACAUGAACAGGAGUUUAC